ACUUCAACAAUUUUAAUAACUUUUUGUUUUAAAGAUGGCUGUAUUAGUCCAAUAUAAUGUAGGUGUUUCUAAUAAAGUGGCCAGUUAGUAGAAGCACAAGGUAGGUGUUUCUAAUAAAGUGGCCAGUGAGUGGAAGCACAAGGUAGGUGUUUCUAAUAAAGUGGCCAGUGGGUGGAACUACAAGGUCCCCGUUUUCAGUUAUAUUUCACACCGAAAUUGUUCCAAAUCUACUGACUAAUAAGCACCAGUGAACCUACACGAGUCUUCUGAGUUUAUAUGGAAUGUUGAUGAUGGAAAAUCGUGGAAAAGCUGACAUAAUAAGUUUUCUUUGGGAACUAUUUAAAUUUCUUUGGGGACUAUUUUGCCUCCCCAAGCUCUGCAUGUAUCCCUCCGCCAUAAAAGGUGUUUUAUUAAGCGUAAAAGUCAUGGCGACCCCUGUUUACUGUCACCACCACUGAACCAGUUCCCAGCAAAUCACUCCGAAUGACCGUUUACAUCUCAGAAGAGCUGAAGGGAAAUUAAUGUAGCGCCUAAACGCAGCCAGCAGGCGUCGUAGUUCUGCGCAUUACCAUUAAUGCUCAGGCUCGGUGCGCCAUCUGGUGGCUAUGAGCUGCCAGUGCAAGUCAGAGAGAAACGAGCUGAAUGCUCUCCUUUAGAUGUCGCUGUUCUUAUCUGAAGGAUGUUCAAUCGACACAGGAAACACAACACGGCUCCUCCAGGCUGCUGUUCUAGGCUGUAGCUGGAAUAAACAGCGUUUAGAGGAGUUGCUCUGAGGAGCAGAUGCUGUUUGACCGCUCCAGCUGCCCGUCUGCUCCGCUGAUGUGUCUCGGUGUCUGAGCUCUUCCGCAUGGCUGGCCCAGCCCUACCUGCGCAUCUGCAUGCUUUCGGUUCCUGUUCUGAAGCCUUCAGCUCCCUCUGACCUCCUCAUCAUGGCCAGCGGAGCGGCAGACCAGGCUCCGGCCUCUCUGAAGGACGUUCUGGACUCCUAUGUGAACUCCUGCGGCUCGCAGGUGCGGACUGCGGGCAGGUGGGGGGUCUGUGCGGACAGGCAGGUGGUGGCAGGAGCUCGGGGGGUACUACUGAGAGAGGGGGCAGAGAGCAGCUUCUGCCUGCUGCCCUUUUACCACACCGUGACCCAAUGCCUCCAGUACGGGGCUCCUCACUGCCAGCAGAGCAUCUCGCUCCUCAUGAAGGCCACCGAGCUUCUGGAAAUGCUCUGCGUCAACCUGUUCCUGUUUCCGUGGAAGAAGGAGAUCCGGACGCUGAAGAAAUUCACAGGUCACUUUGUCUACUACAUUGAACCUGGACUCCCAAAGCAAACCAUCCAGAGCAUCCUCCAGAGUAUCGGCUACCGCCUGGAGACGGACACCGAGUACGUGCUGGCGGACGAUGCUGAUCCAGACGUGGCUAAAAGAAUGGGCUUUGAGCUUUUUCUCGCCAGGUUAGAAUGUGAGCAUCUUCUGGAGGCCAUGGGUCAGAAGUCUCACGCUGAAUGUUUGGAAAUCGUCCACAAAAAAGCUGCUUCUCUUAAUGUUCCGGGCGGUUCUGGGAAUGUCGCUGAGGAACAACGUGAGAGUGAAGCCAGUUAUGUGAAGGAGGAGGUUCUGGAGGACGACAGGCCGCUUCACUCUGGCCCUAAGUCGAGUCCAGUGCCAGCAGAGGACCUUGAAUGCCUUCAAAGCCUCAAACCUUCAAACCUGGAUGUCCAGAAGAACACAGAUACUGAAGAGGGAAGGUCCUCCAGGUCCUUCAUGAGUGAAGACCGGUCCAUUCUGGAGAUGCAGGAGAAUUACCCAGACUUGGCAUUCCGCCUGAAGCCCAUUUUCAGGAAAUCUCAAAAAUCAGCCCCGUCUCCAAAGAGUAAAGACCGCCUUGGGUGCAGAGAAGCUACAUCAGCUCAUCUUCACGCAGUAGAUACUGACCUGAGCGGCCCACAGUCCAUCGCUUUGCACACAGAAUCUACCGCCGCUCACAGAAAACUACAAAUCCCAGAGCAACUAGAGCCCACAGAGCCUCGGACCGCAGAGGAAAAGCAGCCCUUUGUGCUUCGUGUAGGUAAAGUGCUACAGAGUCCAGGCUUCAGCUCGGAGGCCUCGCCAGACGACGGUCUGGUGUCGGAGCUGACGGAGAGGAUGUGUAAACUGCAGAUGAAGGAGUUCAGCGCCGACGAGCCUCUAAAAUACCCCAUAGAGGAGACGGCGCAGGCCCAGCAGUGCCCGGGGUGCACAGAGUUUAUCCCAGUCUCCCCCCUGCGCCAUCCCGAGGAGAACAGCCCGCCGGUUUUGUGCCGGCCGUCCCAGCAGCCCGUGUGUAGCAUCACCGGCUGCGGAAGCUGCUCGGGUUCUGCUGCUGAGCUCCAGCCGAGCGACCCCAUUAAAGAGCCUCCGCACUCCUUCUACAUCCCAAACUGUCUGAGGGGAUGUAGCGCCGCACUGGCGGCCCCUGCAGGCCACGAUCAGAACUGCAGCGAAGGCUCCAGCCUGCAGCUCCACAGGAGCCCAACGCAGCAGCCUGAGGACGACCUGGUACAAACCUUCGUCGUGCUCUGAGACUCUGCGACGGCUGCACUCCUGCACAACACCUGCUUACGUUCAUUAAAGCGAUAGUUCGGCCAAAAAACGUACCGUUUUUUCCCAACUUGCACCAAAGUUAGUCGAUCAGCCAAGACAUGUUUGCUAA